AUGGCGUCUGAUUUAGUGGGCGGCACCAGGUGGUCAGGGUGGUGGCGUCAGGCACGUGGCACACCCCUCACUCCACCUCCACCCACCCCACGCAAGCUCAAGAGGACCAACCAGCCCCCACGCAAGCUGGGGACCAGCCAGCCCCCACGCAAGCUCAAGGGGACCAGCCAGCCCCCACGCAGCUCAAGGGGACCAGCCAGCCCCCACGCAAGCCAAGGGACCAGCCAGCCCCACUCAGCCAGGGGACCAGCCUGCCCCCACGCAAGCUCAAGGGACCAGCCUGCCCCCACGCAGCUCAAGGGACCAGCCAGCCCCCACUCAAGCCGGGACCAGCCUGCCCCACGCUCAAGGGACCAGCCAGCCACGCAACUAAGGGACCAGCCUGCCCCCACGCAAGCUCAAGGGGACCAGCCAGCCCCCACGCAAGCUCAAGGGGACCAGCCAGCCGCCACGCAAGCUCAAGGGGACCAGCCUGCCCCCACGCAAGCUCAAGGGGACCAGCCAGCCGCCACGCAAGCUCAAGGGACCAGCUCCCCACGCAAGCUCAAGGGACCAGCCAGCCCCACGCAAGCCAAGUGGACCAGCCAGCCCCCACUCAAGCUCAAGGGGACCAGCCAGCCGCCACGCAAGCUCAAGGGGACCAGCCAGCCCCACGACCAGCCAGCCCCCACUCAAGCUCAAGGGGACCAGCCUGCCCCCACGCAAGCUCAAGGGACCAGCCUGCCCCCACGCAAGCCUGGGACCAGCUUGCCCCCACGCAGGCUCAAGGGGACCAGCCUGCCCCCACGCAGCUCAAGGACCAGCCUGCCCCCACGCAAGCUCAGGGAUCAACCAGCCCCACGCAAGCUCAUGGGACCAACAGCCACCAGCCAGGGACCAGCCUGCCCCCACGCAAGCUCGGGCAGCCAGCCCCACGCAAGCUCAUGGGGACCAACCAUCCAGCCACACACUAAUCUUAAGAAGGGAGACUGGAAUGGGGCUAAUGGGGAAUGGAACUAA